CUUGAAAACGAUUUUCACGUCAUUGAUUUUUUUCCCCGCAAAUUUAAAACAAUUAGACACAGUGUAAAAUGUUGCCAGACUAUUUAAAAGACGGUAUCCAUAAAAUUGCCAAAACCGAAGGAUUCAUUGAUUAUGGUAUCGAAAUGAAGGCUGGCUCAAAUCAUGGUGAUAAUUUUUUCGGCGUCCUGAUUGCAGUCACGUUGUCUGGUACACGACGUCAACAAAACGGAGACAUUCAAUCGGAUGAACUUCAUUUGCUGUGCAAAACACCGCCAACGAAUGAACUUCAAGAAAAAGACAUCAGCUUAACGGUGACAUUCAAUCGUGAAAUUUUUAUGUACACGAAAAUAUUGCCAGCAUUCGUUCAAUUUCAACGUGAACGUGGAUUGAAUGAAGCCGACUCAUUUGUAUCAUUUCCAAAGAUGUUUGCGUGUGAAAAGAACGAGGAAAAUGGAUUGUGUAGUUUAAUUAUGGAAGAUUUGCGUCCGAAAAAUUUUCAAAUGUGGCCCAAGGAACAAACAGUCCCAUUAGAACAUGAGCUAUUCGUUAUGCGUGAACUGGGUAAAUUUCAUGCGGUGUCAUUCACGAUGAAAGAUCAAAAACCAAACGACUUUCGCGAAUUCAAACAACUUAAAGAUAUACUUUAUAAUGUUAUUUCUAAAAAAAAACCAUUCAAAUCAGCAUUGCAAAAAUUAAUGGAUCGUGUCGUUGACACACUGGAGAAGCCCGAGCACAAAAAACUCAUGCAAAAUUUCCGAGACAGUUUUACGGAAAGAAUGGAUAAAUUGAAAUCGGAUCCAUAUUGCGAUGAAUUUGGUAUAUUAACGCACGGUGAUUGCUGGAAUAAUAAUUUCAUGUACCAAUAUAGCAAUGAGAAGAAGCCGUUGAAUUCAGUUUACAUCAUCGAUUGGCAACUUUCUCAUUAUUCUCCACCUGUAAUUGAUCUACUCUACAAUAUUUUCUCGGGAACCGAUCGUGAAUUGCGCACUCAGCAUUAUGAAACGUUGUUGAAAACAUACCAUACAUCAUUGAGCGAAACAAUAAAAAAGCUCGGAAGCGAUCCGGACAAAUUGUAUUCGUAUGAUAAUUUGACAAUGCAAAUGAAAAAGUACGGUGAAUAUGCAUUGUUAUACGGGCCAUGGAUUGUUGCGCUUAGGUUGGCCAAAGGAAAGGACAUAAUGAAUGUGGACGAAUAUAUUGAAAGUAUUGCACGAAACGAAAAUGUUGAAAUGAUCGGUAUAUUUGACGAUGAAACUCAAGCCGAAUUCAGUCGAGUAGUUAACGGUCUUCUCACUGAUCUUGUCGAUUAUGGCUAUGUAAAAUGUGAAUAG